AUGUUCAGCUUACCGAGGAUAUCACUACCGUCUUUUCUUCGCGCAGGCGAAGGCACACAUCUUACCGUCGAUCUACCCUCCGUUGAAAUCCACGAUAUCGAAACCUCGGCGGAGAAGCGGCCACGGACUCUCAAGCAUCUACUCAAAGCGAACCAUGCGAAUUACUCAAUCAUAUACCACAACCUUACUUUUCACAAUCAUACACCGCACAUCCUGGGAUCGGCUUACCUUCUUGGAGGCACGGCGGAGCAUUUGAAUGAGAUCUACGAGAAGGAGGCCGAGGUACUUGAGCCGUGGCACGAUGCACCGGGUGAAAUAACAAAGGAUGAUUGGCGAGAGUUUCUGGGAAAGCGCGAAUACCAACGCGCCUUCAUCGACUUCUUCGAAGACCAACUCGUGACCAAGAAGUAUGAUGUUGAAGAAGUCCUCGAGGAGUUCCUGCUCAAGGGCAAGGAGCCGCUGAUCAAUGGCCUCAUCGCCGGACUUGCACAUCCUCUGAUCCAUCUUGGCUACGCUUACGAACUCAACUCCAAAACCGUCGCGAUCGAGGCCCUCGCGAUGGGCUCUUGCUUCUACAGCUCCCUCCAUAAAUACAUUGAUGACCCAAAAUACACAAAGCCCAGCCCUCAUGGCGCAAGUGGAGACCACACAGGGCUCAUCGAGAUACUCGAUAAAGUACGGAAUGACAAGCGCUUCGACGGUCUCUACGACCACCGCAGCGGCGAUAUUACCAAGGUACUGGAAGAGCGCGAAGAAGCCUUCUUGGAGUACUGGAACGCUUGGGAAAUCACAGCCCCGAAUGAACAGUUCCAAGCCGCUCAAGAGGUUGGACUGGGGCUUUUGACAGGCACUCCGGCACCGGCGAAGGGAAAAUACGACUUCUUCCUUGUUCAUGUGCUUACAAGCUCCCAUGCCAUUCGCAUCCUUCUCCCGUUGGUACCGGCCAAGUUUCAUGUUAGUCUCCUACGACAGUGGUGGCUCUUUGCAUUAGCUGUGUACAUUGCCCAGAUGAGGCCGGGGAUUGAUAUGGGUAGAGUUAUGGCUAGUGACGAUAGCCAGAAGAAGAGCUGGAAGCAUGUCGUGGACAAGGCGUUGAACGGGCCGCAUGCAACUGAUGCACAUUACGUCAAAGCAUUGCGGGCUAUGAAGGUGGCAGAGGAGACUUGGAAAACUGGAGACGAUCGGUCGAACCACUGGCUCCGUGCGGCAGUCAAGUUUGCCGAUGAUUUUGAGGGUUGGGGAGGAUUUGGAACGGCGGAAGACGAGGCAAAGAUGGGGUAUCCCGAGAAGCAGUAA